GUGACGCAGUGUGAGUCGCUGCCUGAUUGGCUCUCUCAGGGUUAAUUUAAAUAAGAGGAGUCUAGAUACGUUAUUUGUUUUUAUAAUAAAUAUAAAAUGUUGUUUGAUGGGGAGGUCUUGGAAUGUAUAAAUAUGUCCAAUUUUAUAAAACUUAAUUUUGAUAUCGGAGAAAUCGCAGUGUAAGUUAGUAAUCUGUCAGUUAGUAGUGUAUCAUUCAGUUCCACACAUUAAUAAACAAAGAUGAUGCACUGAGAGGGUCCUGAUCUGAGGGACUGAUAGAGCUGAACGCAGCAGCAGCCGGUGGGCCUGAGAUAACGCGACACUCUGCAGACUAGAACAAACUUCAGCCAUAUAGUACACAGUACGCACGUUUCACAAAAUACACAACUAACAGGAGCAGGACAAGAAGAGGUCAUUUAUACCUCACCGCAUCCAUGGAUAAAAACAAGCCUUCUCGUAUGUAUUUUAUCGGCAAGAAAGAAGAUUUUGAUCAGGCUAAGAGGAUGAAUGUGACUCUGGAUGGAAGAGAUAUUCUUAUUAUAUAUCAUCAAAGAACUUUCUAUGCAAUGGACCUGCAGUGUUACCAUGCCGGCAUUAGUUUGGAGCUCGGAGAUAUUGAGGAAAUCAACAAGAAGCUCUGUAUUGUGUGCCCAAAGCACAAGUAUAAGAUCACUCUGGCUGAAGGUGAGGGGUUAUACAAGGCAACCAACCCUGCAGAAAAGGUCCCUACUCCACAGUGGUAUUCCAAAGGGAUAAAGCAGCGAGUGCACAAAGUGAUGGAAGUAGACGAAGACAUCUUUGUGACAUUGUCCACCUGCCCUGGGUGGGUUGAGUCGGACUAUUAUCAGAGUGAGAAGGGCAGGGCAGAACUGAGAAAAGCACAGGAAUCGAAGGAUGGAGAAGAAGAUGUGAAUGCAGAUGAAGACGUUUAGUCUGGCAGCAACAGUGAGACGAGAGCUUCAGGGAUCCUGAGGGAACUGCAUAUAUUAAGAUUGAUGAUUUCAGAGUCAGUUUGCAUGAAUAAAACUGCGAUUUGACACCAUGAAUCAAAAUAAUAUCAUAGCCCUUUUUUGUGUCAGUGCCAGGAUCUCUACAUUGCCAUGAUUCACAGUGAUGCCUGUGUUUCAGCUCAGUUUUGUUGGAUUUUGCAUUGAGAAAAAAAAAUAUUGCAGAAAAAAAAAAAUCACUUUUUAAAUAAAUGAGUAUAUGUUUACUAAA